AUGGGGUGGGUAGUCAAGAGAGGGAGCGACUACAACAAUGGCUGUGAACAAGACGACGACGGGGACAACGACAAGGACGACGACGACGAUGACGAUGACGAUGACGACGAUGACGAUCUGGAAGAAGCUUCAAGCACCUCAAGAAGAGCUGACGUGCCGCCUGAGGUCAAGGGCCAGGAGCAACUUUUCUUCUUGCACCGUGGUCCUCAGGAUGGGAUGCAUAUCUACAACAGCAUGGUGCCACCUACAUCGCCGAAGAAGAUUCGCCUGCCCUUGUCCGAUGAAGACGAGCUGAAGUUCGUGUGCGCAAGGGAAGCGCUUCAAGAGUUGGUAAAACAAGAAGCUUCGGUGACAGUCGACGUGAGGGACAAAGGCACGAAGGACUCGGUGCUGGCGAAGUCAGGACGGCAUGAAGGCGAGCUUCACAAUCAUCUUCUGCAUGCGAUCAAGGAUGGCAUGACGUUGCAGGAGGCAAAGAUAGGGAUGGUCAUAGCCCAGUUCGAAUCCCUGGAUGCCGAGCUGCAGCGGAAGGCGCUGGAGCAGGGGAAAGCGAGGAUCGAAAAGAUGCCAGAGGACGCAAAGAAGAGGAUGCGACACAACCUGAUGGUUCACAAUGAGAUCGAGCGGGUCGAGCUUGAGGCUACUGAGGACAAGGAAGGCUGGUUCAAAAGAAAGUUUCAGUCAGGGGCGACACCCGUCGUGGCUUAG